AUGACUAGCUCAGAUAUUCAAAGCCUUCGCUCAAAAUAUGAGUCUGCUGGCCAAGGCCAUGUGUUUCAGUUUUGGGAUAAGUUAAGUCCAAGCGAGCAAGAAUCUCUACUCACCCAGUUGGAUCAAAUCAAUCCUCAGUUUGUUACUGAAGUUGCCCAGAAUACUCUUAACGGCAAACACAACACAGGCGUAGCUACUCCUGAUAUUAUCUCUCCUCUGCCAAAGGAAGCAACCGGAUCUGUUGUUGACGCUGAUCCCAGUCAGAUUGCUGCCUGGUCUAAACUGGGUCUUGAGGCGAUUGCUGCUAAUAAGGUCGGUGUGGUUCUUUUGUCUGGCGGUCAAGGAACUCGUCUGGGUUCUUCCAAUCCAAAAGGCUGUUACGAUGUGAAUUUGCCCUCUCAUAAGAGUCUCUUCCAGCUUCAAGCCGAAAGAAUCAUUAAAAUUACGGAACUGGCCAAGGCUGCUGUUCCUACUGCCUCAGAAAGUGUAGUUGUACCCUGGUACAUCAUGACUAGUGGACCUACUAGAAAGUCUGUAGAGCAGUUUUUCAAGGACAACAAAUAUUUUGGCUUGGAUCCUGCAAAUGUUAUCUUUUUUGAGCAAGGUGUUCUUCCAUGCCUCACUCCUGAAGGGAAGAUCAUCCUUGAGAGUAAGUCAUCAGUUGCCGUGGCUCCCGAUGGCAACGGUGGUAUUUAUAACGCUCUCUACAAGCACAACAUUCUCGCUGAUAUUAAGAAGAGAGGUAUUGAACAUAUUCACACAUACUGCGUUGACAACUGUCUUGUCAAGGUGGCAGAUCCAGCUUUUAUUGGUUUCGCACUUCAAAGAAAUGUUGACAUAGCCACCAAAGUUGUUCGCAAACGAGAUGCAACCGAAUCUGUUGGUUUGAUUGUCUCUAAAAAUGGUGCUCCUGGCGUUAUUGAAUAUUCAGAAAUCCCAUCCGAACUUGCUUCUGCCACUGAAGCUCAUGAUGACAAACUUCUCAAGUUCCGAGCUGCCAACAUUGUCAACCACUACUACUCGGCUAAAUUUCUCCUCAAUAUCCCGAAUUGGGAGUCAUCAUUCUUACCAUUCCACGUUGCACACAAGAAAAUUCCAUUUGCUGACGCUGAAACUGGUUCCACCGUCAAGCCUUCUGCCCCCAAUGGUGUGAAGCUAGAGCAGUUUGUGUUCGACGUUUUCCCUAGACUUGCAUUCAACAAUUUCGCCUCUUUGGAGGUAAAUAGACAGGACGAAUUCAGUCCUUUGAAGAAUGGGCCGGGUGCUAAAGUUGAUUGUCCUGAGACUUCUCGUUCCGAUGUGUUGGGCCAAUCGGCCAGAUGGCUGACUGCUGCUGGCGCCAUCCUAGAAGGCGAUGUCGAGGUUUCUCCACUAACUAGUUACGGUGGUGAAGGCUUGGAAUCUUUCAAAGGUAGAAAAAUCCCCGCAUCUUCUAUUGUUUAG